UGCUCCAAAAUUCAACUUAAAUUAAAAGCCCCCAUAAAUGUAUUUAUACCUCCCCUUCGCCCCAUUGCCUACUACUACAACUUCUACCCUCCCAAAAACUCUGCACACAGAGAGCUGAGAAGGAAGCCUUGAGAAAGAGAACCAAAUCCUUUUUCUUAACCUUCACGCCUCCAUUACACCGCUCUCUCUCUCUCUCUCUCUCAUUCUCUCUGUUUCUCUCUCUACCUAUCACUUCUCAUAAUAACUCUGGUUUUUUUAUUUAUUUAUUUGCUUACUCUGUUCUCUAUGCAUUAAAAGGUCCUCAUCAGUCCUCAGACAUCUCAGACCGCUGAUUCGCUUUGCAUUGAACUUCCCUAAACCCUUCAUCCCACCCUCUUUAAAUUCCUUCCCACCUCAUCCAUCCACCCCCCAAGAUUUUCUUUUCCUCAGCAAAACAGAGUGAAAGAAACAGAGCCUUAACAGAGUCUUCAAAACAGAGCAAGUAAAAAGAAACACAAAGGUUUCUUUCCCUUUCCCUCUUUAAGCCUCUCUCUCUCUCUCUCUCUCUCUCACUUUUCUUGGGAUUUUCCUACAUGGGUUCUUGUAAAGAAAACCAACAAGAAAACCCACAACAACCAAAUUGUGGGUUUGUUCAAGGGCCUAUAAUUGUAGGCGCAGGACCAUCUGGUCUUGCAGCAGCUGCUUGCCUCUCCAACCAUGGCGUCCCUUCGCUAAUUCUUGAGAAAAGUGACUGCAUAGCUUCUCUAUGGCAGCACAAGACCUACGACCGCCUCAAGCUUCACCUUCCCAAACAAUUCUGUGAGCUUCCACUCAUGGGCUUCCCUGAAGAUUUCCCAAGGUACCCAACAAAAUUCCAGUUCAUUUCCUACAUGGAAACCUAUGCUUCACACUUCUCAAUCAAGCCCAAGUUCAACCAAGCUGUUCAGAGUGCUGAGUUUGAUUCUGGGUUUUGGAGGGUUAAGACUCAAGAUUUUGAGUACAUUUCCAAGUGGCUUAUUGUGGCCACAGGUGAGAAUGCUGAGCCUGCGAUACCAGAAAUUGGUGGGAUGGAGAAAUUUCAAGGCCCUAUUCUUCACACCAGUCUCUACAAAUCUGGCUCUGAUUUCAAAAACCAAAGAGUUUUGGUUGUUGGCUGUGGAAAUUCUGGCAUGGAAGUCAGCCUAGACCUCUGCAGACACAAUGCAAAUCCUCAUAUGGUUGUUAGAAACACUGUUCAUGUUCUACCAAGAGAGAUGUUUGGUUUCUCAACCUUUGGAAUUGCAAUGGCACUUCUCAAAUGGCUGCCGUUGAAACUUGUUGACAAGGUCCUCUUGCUACUGGCCACAAUCAUCCUAGGCAACACAGACCAAUUAGGCCUCAGGAGGCCAAAAACUGGUCCAAUUGAGCUCAAAAAUGCCACAGGAAAAACCCCCGUGCUUGAUGUAGGAGCAUUGUCACAGAUAAAAUCUGGCAAAAUAAAGGUGGUGGUGGAAGGUGUGAAAGAGAUAACAAGAAAUGGAGCCAGAUUUAUGAAUGGACAGGAAAAGGAGUUUGAUUCUAUAAUCUUAGCAACUGGGUACAAAAGCAAUGUGCCUACUUGGCUCAAGGGUUGUGAUUUUUUCACCAAAGAUGGCAUGCCCAAAACACCCUUUCCUGACUGCUGGAGAGGAAGUGAAGGACUUUACACAGUUGGCUUCACAAGAAGAGGGCUUCUUGGAACGGCCUCUGAUGCUGUUGAGAUUGCCAACGACGUUGCUCAACUUUGGAAGACAAACAAAGACUGCAGGAGUUCUUGUAAUUCCCAUAUUAUUCUUCUGAAAUAAUGUUUAACAAUAUUGACUUGUUGUAUAAAAAAAAAA